CUAGCAACUAGUAAGCUAAGAAAGAGAACUACAAGUAAGAACAAUGUGUGAUACAAACCGUAUGACUGACGAGGAAAAAAAAUCUCUGAAUUUCAGAUUAUGCUCGGAAUAACCGAGCUAUCAUUAAUUCUUUCUUGGCUGUUUCUGGAGAUGAAGUAUAUUAAUGUGAACAUCUUCACUAAAAAGUUAUCGACAUCUUUGAAAGAGGACGAAGCUUUAGACAUUUCAAUCGAGCCUCUAGAGAAGCAACCCCCUGCAGUUUGUUCCCGCGAGAAGGCCUCUCGCAGGAAAUCAACUUUAGGACUUAUCACAGGAGAUGAAGGCUUGCACACCAUUAAGGGUCCAGAAUACGGUAGCGUUUCCACUCCAGAACACAAUGGGCAUUCCAAUUUGUCAAGAAAAGUGUCUCCAAGAAGGCAACGUUGGCAAAGCGUUCGACAAC